UGGGAAUCUGUGUCAGAGUGAGACCUCUGCUGUUCGUGCCCAUCUCCGCCGCUGCCUGCCUCCCUGUUAGCCGCAUUAGCCUGCUAGCUGGCGGCGCUCCGGCACCAUGGCCAUGUCGCAGGCUCUGUCUGAGGAGGAGUUCCACCGGAUGCAGGCCCAGCUGUUGGAGCUGCGGACCCAGAACUACCAGCUGUCCGACGACCUCAGGAAGAACUCUGCAGAGCUGAACGCCGUUCGACUGAAGCUCGGCGUUCAGGAGAGAGAUCUGCUCAAAGCUCAGAAGGCUUUGAGUAAAAGCAAAAAAGCUCAGGAGGUGGACGCGCUGCUGAGUGAGAAUGAGAUGCUGCAGGGGAAGCUGCACAGCCAGGAGGAGGACUUCCGGCUGCAGAACAGCACCUUGAUGGCGGAGCUCUCCAAGCUGUGCACGCAGAUCGAGCAGCUGGAGCAGGAGAACCGGAGCAUGAAGGAAGGCGGAGGAGCCGCUGCUUCCGACCCGCCUGCUAAAUCCGCCUCCUGCCCUGCGGACGGAGAGCUGCUCCGCCUCCAGGCAGAGAACGCCGCCCUGCAGAAGAAACUUAAAGCUGUUCAGGAGAACUUCGACAGGGAGCUGCAGAGGCAGGCUGUCUCCCACGGCAACCAGAGAGCUACCACGGAGACGGAGGGGUCGGCUGACACCAACGGAGUCUCUGAUGUCUCUGCUGGCAGCGAAGAGGCGGCAGCAGAAGGAACCAAUCAGAGGGAGGGACAGGCGGGGCUCCAACAGGCGGAGGAACGUCUCCAUGCGCCCCCUUCAGGCCGGUCAGAGAAGAGCAUAGAGAAGAUUGUAGCUAAGCAGGCAGCUGUAGGCUGGUCGGCUGCCUUCUGUCCAAUAACUCACUGCUUUGGACCAGAACUGGAGAUGGCCCUGAACACGGAGCAGGAGGAGAAGAGGCUGCUGAGGGAGCAGGUGCACAGCCUGGAGGCCUCCAAACAGGCUGAGAUCUCCAAACUACAGGAGGAGAUCACCAAGCUGCUGGACAAGUUAAAGAAGAAGCAGGAGAGUUUUCAGCGUCUUCAGACGGAGAAGGAGGUUCUUUACAACGACAGCAGGACAAAGAUCGACGAGAUCAACCAGAGGAAGGAAGAAGACCUGAAGGCUGUGAACGUCCGCCUGCAGAAGCUGCAGUCGGACCUGGCAGCAGCCAAUCAGGCGACAGCGGAGCUGAGAGAGCAGCUGCAGAACAAAGACAAGGAGCAUGAAGUGGUUCUGCAGACCCUGAAGGAACAGGCGGCCAGUCAGGAGCAGGUGGACAACGUUCUGCAGGAGAACGACGCUCUGAGGACGAACCUGGCCGCUCUGGAACAGAUCCAGACGGCGAAGACGGUGGAGAUGAACCUGCUGAGGGAGCAGCAGGAGGCGCUGACGGCCGAGCUGCAGCAGAACCGAUCAGAACAGGAGGUCCUGCUGGCCCAAAGAGACGACCUGAACUCUCAGCUGCAGGAGUCGAGCUUCGCCAACAGGAAGCUGCUGGAGCAGCUGACAGAGGAAGGGCAGGAGAAGGAGCGGCUGCUACGGGAGCUGGACGAGGCCAAAAAGACGGCGGAGAAGAGGAAGACCAUGCUGGACGAGAUGGCCACACAGAUUCACCAGGUGAAGUCCGACCACAAGGAGGCGCUGUCCGACCUCAAACUGCAGCAUGAGAAGGAGGUUCUGGGUGUCCGGGCUCGCUAUGAGAAGGAGCUGCGAGUUCUGCACGAGGAGAAGAGCCGCUCUGAGGAGGAGAUCCGACAGCAGCUCAGGGAGGAGAAGGCCCGAGCGAAGGAGCUGGAGGGUCUGCAGCCGCAGGUGGAGGAGCUGCAGGCUCAGGUUCAGGCCAUGGAGGGAACCAAGGGAUGGUUCGAAAGGCGCCUGAAGGAGGCUGAGGAGAGCCUGGAGAAGAACGCAGCCCAGCAUCAGGAGGACCUGCAGAGGCUGCAGGAAGAGCACACACAUCAGCUGGAGGAGAAGCGAGCAGAGAUGGAGGGAUGGAAGCAGAAGCUGGAGGCGGCGGAGAAGGAGAGGGACGAACAUGUGAAAACCAUCGAGAAACUCAAACAGGAGAUAAAGGAUACUGUGGACGGCCAGCGGAUCCUGGAGAAGAAGGGCAGCUCAGCGCUGAAGGACCUGAAGCGGCAGCUGCAGCUGGAGAGGAAGCGGGCCGACAAGCUGCAGGAGAGACUGCAGGAGAUCCUGACCAACAGUAAAACCAGGACAGGUCUGGAGGAGCUGGUUCUCUCUGAGAUCAACAGUCCCAGUCGGACUCAGCAGACCGGAGACUCCUCCUCCGUCUCCUCCUUCUCCUACAAGGACAUGAUGAAGGAGGCUCAGCCGACCAAUCAGAACAGGUCCGGAGGAGGCAGCCCGCAGUCCCAGCGUCCCGCCGAGCUCUCGGACGACGAGGUCGGCGAGCUGUUCCAGCGGCUCGCCGAGGUCCAGCAGGAGAAGUGGAUGCUGGAGGAGAAGGUGAAGCACCUGGAGGUGAGCUGCUCAUCGAUGGCCGAGGACAUCUGCAGGAAGAGCGCCAUCAUCGAGACCUACGUGAUGGACAGCCGCAGAGACGUGUCGGGCAGCGCGGUCGGAGGUCACGGAGGCUCUCAGGGAGACAGAGGAGGUCUCGGCUCGGUCCUCAGAGAUCUGGUGAAACCAGGAGACGAGAACCUGAGAGAGAUGAACAAGAAGCUGCAGAACAUGUUGGAGGAGCAGCUGACCAAGAACAUGCACCUCCAGAAGGAUCUGGAGCUCCUGUCCCAGGAAUUAGUCCGGCUCAGUAAAGAGGGCGGCCCAGGCGGGAGCAGUGCAGCCGGUUCUGGAUGAGACUAAAACCUGGAUCCAUCUGCUUGCUUCUUUCUUUCUCACUCACUGCAUUCGCAACCUGCCGUGGCCUCCGUCUACUGCCUGGAGCUGCUAUAGGCUCCUGGCUGGGACUAAGUGCUGGAUUCAUUCUCAUCUGUCGGUUCAGAAGGUUGAAGCACCAGAAGGUUCCAAAGAUGGAGAAGAAGAACCGAACGAGAACCGGGGACACGAGCAGCUCGUCUCAUUUCAUCUGUUGAAUGUUCUGUAAUUAGACUGCACCACUCAUCUCUCUGGGUCCUGGCUAUGACCUGGAAAACUGGAAUGACAACUGACUGCUUCUUCCUCGACUGACCUCAUCGCUUCCUGUGUGCAUUGUUAACUCUGGGACCUGACUAUGUACUGGAAUCAUA